ACCGGAAGUGUCUUCCUACCCUGGCUUUCUUCACGCUGCUGCGGUGAAGUUGAGAGAACAAGUCAUCUUUACAAGUGACCCAGCGGGGGGGGGGAAGCAACAAAACCACAUUCACACACAUUUUUCUCUCUUUAGUGUGAGAAAACCGACCGUCUUCCGACCGUCCGGUGGGUACGGGAGCACCGUUAAACAUGGCUGCUCUCUCAGCCUGGUUUUGGAACGAGAGGUUUUGGCUGCCACACAACGUAACCUGGGCGGAUCUGGCGGACCCGGCGCCCGGGGUGGAGUACCCCAAAGCCGGACACUUGUUGGCCGCCUUGCCGCUGGCUUUGGGGAUUUUCGCCGUCCGGAUACUCUUCGAAAGAUUUAUUGCCAGUACCUGUGCCCAGAGUCUCCACGUUCAGCCAGGCGUCGGACGAAGAGCUCAGCCCAAUGCGGUGCUGGAGAAAGUGUUUACAUCCAUCACGAAGAAUCCAGACUCUCGCCAUCUGGACGGUCUGUCCAAGCAGCUGGACUGGGAGGUGCGAAAGGUCCAGCGUUGGUUCAGACACCGCAGGAACCAAGAUAAACCCAGCACACACACUAAGUUCUGCGAGAGCAUGUGGAGGUUUACAUUUUAUUCGUGCAUAUUUACCUAUGGGUUCCAGUUUCUGUGGCAGUGUCCUUGGAUGUGGGAUACACGGCAUUGCUGGUACGGUUACCCCUAUCAGGUCAUGACUCCGGGUCUUUACCACUACUACGUGACAGAACUGGCCUUUUACUGGUCGCUCAUGUUCUCCCAGUUCACCGACAUUAAAAGGAAGGACUUUCUGAUCAUGUUCAUCCAUCACCUCGCUACAGUAAGCCUGAUCAGCUUUUCCUACGUCAACAACAUGGCGAGAGUAGGGAGCCUCGUGAUGUGUGUCCACGAUGCCUCUGACUUCCUGCUAGAGGCAGCCAAGCUGGCCAACUACGCCAAGUACCAGCGCCUGUGUGAUUUCUUCUUCAUUGUGUUUAGUGUGGUAUUCUUCAUUACACGACUUGUUAUAUAUCCAAUAUGGAUCCUGAACUCCACUAUGUUUGAGAGCUGGGCCAUAGUCGGGCCGUACCCGUCCUGGUGGCUCUUCAACUUCUUACUGCUGGUCCUCCAAGUGCUGCAUAUCAUCUGGUCCUACCUCAUAGCCCGUAUAGCCAUCAAAGCCAUGCUCCGGGGCAAGGUGUGCAACGACGUCCGCAGCGACAUUGAGAGCAGCUCAGACGACGAGCCCGACACGCCCACAGAAGGCCUCAAGCCUUCCCACCAUCCCAAAGGAGAAAACGGCACUAAUG